GAAUGCAUUCUGCGGUCACGUUGAUGUGAAGCUCCCGAAUGCGACGUGCGAAAGUCAGCGAUUCUACAUUAGUUUAAUUGAAAUUACCUAUUGCAACCCAAUUUACUUAAUUUUGACUACAAUGAGCGAAGAAUUCAAGCUGCCUAAGCGCUCACGCAAGCGUACCCGCGAUGUGAAGCGUAAGGCGCGCCCCGAACUCGAUGGCGAUAACGCAUGGAUCGCAAUGCGGUAUUAUGAGAAGUUUGAGCCAUUUUGGGACUUUGUGGAUAACCUGGAACGCAUCGAGAAUGCAACCGUAACAUGUGAUGAAUUCAUUGAGCGCUUCGAGCGACCCUAUCUGCCCGUCAUUAUUACUGGAUGUGCCGACGGUUGGCUGGCGCAAGAGAAAUGGACGCUCUCGCGCCUGGCCAAAAAGUAUCGCAACCAGAAAUUCAAGUGCGGUGAAGACAACGAAGGUUAUAGCGUCAAGAUGAAGAUGAAAUAUUAUGUGGAGUAUAUGCAGGGCACACGGGACGACAGUCCGCUCUACAUAUUCGACAGCAGUUUUGGCGAGCAUCAUCGCCGUCGCAAACUGCUCGAAGAUUAUGCUGUGCCCAAGUAUUUUCGCGAUGAUCUCUUCAAGUACUGUGGCGAGGAUCGUCGUCCCCCAUAUCGAUGGUUUGUGAUGGGUCCUGCUCGCUCCGGCACGGGGAUACAUAUCGAUCCGUUGGGCACGAGUGCGUGGAACACUUUGAUACGUGGCCACAAGCGUUGGUGUCUGUUUCCUACGCAUACGCCCAAGGAUCUGCUAAAGGUGACGAGUGCUAUGGGUGGCAAGCAACGUGACGAGGCCAUCACCUGGUUCAGUACCGUCUAUCCGCGCACUCAACUCCCCUCGUGGCCGCAGGAAUACAAACCCAUCGAGGUGCUACAACGUGCAGGUGAAACUGUUUUUGUGCCCGGCGGCUGGUGGCAUGUGGUGCUCAAUUUGGACGACACGAUCGCCAUUACUCAGAACUUCUGUAGUUUCACCAAUUUCCCUUGUGUGUGGCACAAGACGGUGCGCGGUCGGCCCAAAUUGUCGCGCAAGUGGCUGCGUGUGUUGCGGGAUCAGCGACCGGAGUUGGGACAGAUUGCCGACAGUAUUAAUAUUAAUGAGAGCACUGGCUUUGCCUCGGACAGCUCCAGCAAUUCCAGCUCCUCAUCGUCCUCGAGCAGUUCGUCAUCGUCGGAGAGCGAAGCGGAUGCCGAUUCAAAUACGGAUAGCGGCCAAGAAAGUUUGACUGCCAAAAAGAAGAAAAAACGACGCAUGGCUGGCAAUGCGACUGAUGAUGAUGGUGGAAACGGUGGCGAUGAUAAGAAUGCGACAUCAUCUUCAUCUGCGACAAGACCUUGAUGUCGGCACAAAAAGACGAAAAGAAAUGGUCUGCUGCUGCGACUGUUUCAUCGCCAGCUGUUGUUCUGUCGCCGUGUGCCACGCUUUCAACGUCCAUGUCGCAGUCGCAGAGCCUCCUGCCACAGUUAACAAAAUGCAGAUACAGAUGCAGAUCCUGAUCCUAAUCCAUGUUGCAUGUUUAGUAAUAUUUUUAUACAAUUAGUAAAGUAACUAAAAAACAAAACGAAAAUAAUAAUGCUGCUGUAAAAAAUAAUGAUAUUUGAAUUGAAUUAUCGUCGGCUGAGCCAAAAACACAGUCCGCUUAAACAUUAGCCUAAAGAACGGAAACAGUUGAUGAUUAUUUCUAUUUAACUUCAACUAUAAUUAGCCAACGACUUAAAUGCAACAUAAAUAAACUGAGUAUAUUUGUAAAAAACAAAACAACUGCAUUUUUAAUUCAUUUACCCCACUAACCUUUAUAAACAAAAAUAAAACAUACAUUCAUUAUUCAAUGUCCCCAACUAUUGCCUCCAUUUGCAUAAUCAAAUACUUGACGCUUUUGUUUUUAUACAAAUUAAUUAUAUUUUCUUUUAUUUUCAAUCUUUAUACAAAUUGUUUUCGAAUCAACUUAAAAGAAAAUCAUGUUCAAAAUCAUAUAACUAGCCUUGAGAAGGAUUGGAAACUAAAAUUGGAAAGUGUAAUAUUUUUGACAUAAACAAUUGGACAAAAACGAAAUAUUUAAAUAAUAAAAUUUAUUUAUGGAACAUAUAAGUAAGCACAUGUUCGCUUUUUAAAAAAAUCACCUUUAAUUUGCUACAAUUUGUUAUUCAUAUAUAAUUAUUUAAAAAGUUGUAUUCCCACGCACUUUUCAAUUUCAAUUUGCCCGCAUUGUGUUUUUUUUUUGUGUUCUGUUGUUUUUUUGUUUCUUUGCGAAUUGGUUAGAGAAGAGAAUUGUUUGCAUUUUGUUUUGUUUGUUGGUAGUUU